AUGGAGGAUCUCCGAGCAGCGCUUGAAGAAGAACAAAGACUGCGAAGGGAGGAACGGCGGCGACGAGAGGAAGCGGAAGAGAGGGCAUUAACGGAACAGCGACGGCGCGAGGAAGAACAGCGACGGCGCGAGGAAGAACAGCGACGACGCGAGGAAGAACAACGACUACGUGAAGCGGCGGACGAGAGAGCUACCGCAGAACAGCGACGACGAGAAGAGGUGGAAAGCCGAACGAGCAAUACGACCUUCCCAGAGUUCCUCCAUUACUGCCAUAAUCACCUCUACCUCGGCCUGACCAUUCAAAGCGAUUCCAGUCAGUCCACCUCAGGCACUCCUGCGAACGCCGAUAGAAAGCUCCGGCCCAACCGCAUUGUGCCAUGGCAUGGCUUCGCCGACCACCAAGCUCGCGUAUGGGAUAUCUUGAUGGAGUCCGACUUCAUCGAUCGGCGACUCUUCACGUCAAUGCAUACCUUAGAAGAGACAGGGGAACAGUUAAAACGGAAACAACUAGGCUCCGAGCUAGACCUCCAUAUUUUCACCGAUACUGCCAUUGACGGACCAGUAACGUCGCUGGUGAACCGAGUAUCGCGCGAUGCAGAGCUCUGUCGUCGCCUUGGUCUGCGCGGUUCGAUCCAUUUCGAUAACCACGGCAACACGCUGAGCCCUGAGUCACCUGUCGAAGGCGUGCGCCGGUUGGUGUCGCGCCGCCGGUCACCACGGCUGCAAUCUCAACGCAACGCGCUCGGACCACGAUCGCGUUCCUCAUCAUCUGGACCACGCACAACUCCGCGGCCACGGGCCGAUCAAUUUGCCGUAUACGGCAUCACAGGGACAUCGGGAGACGUGUACCGAGUGCCGAUCUAUAUCAUGGAGUUCAAGGCGCCGCACAAGUUGAUGCUAGGCCAUAUCAAUGUGGGGCUGACGGCGAUGGACCUGGAUGACAUCGUGCACGAACAGCUCGAGGAGGACGUGGAGCGCCGAUGCCAGCGGCUGGUGGCGGCGGUGAUUACGCAGUUAUUCUCCUACAUGAUCCAAGCCGGCUUGGAAUACGGCUGCGUGUUUACAGGGGUGGCUAUGAUCUUCGUACGUGUGCCGGAAAACGACUGUACCACAGUUGAGUAUGCGCUGUCAGUGCCGCACGGGGAUGUUGGGCUGGAAACAGGGUAUACGGAUGACUUGGAGGAGGCUAAUCGGCUUCACUUGACGGCGGUGGGUCAGCUCUUGGCGUUCAGCUUGAAUGCAACGCGAUCGCCCAUCCGCAGUGAGCAAUGGCGACAACAGGCAGAAAAUCAGCUGAAGCGAUGGGAGGUGUUGGUGGAAGCGGUGGAAGACAGCAUCCUCGAGAGCGAGGUGCCAUCAUCGGACUACCAACCUCCCUCCUCCGAUUGGGACAGCUUGUUGAUUCAAUCCCCAAUCUGUCGACGACUUCGCCCACGACGUUCACGCUCCACCCCCGAGCAUGAGGAGACAGUGCAUCCAGCAAGCGAGGGUGAUGACGACGAUGGCGACGACGUGAACGACCAGGGUCCCAGCGGCGCACGCGCAUUUGCUAAUAACACUCCCAGCCGAUCGAUCGCCCUAGCCCGCUCGCGAACCUCAAAGGGAUCUCGCGGUGGCAACAGGAGCCAGACUGAUUCGCAAGGAGCCUCGCAGCGGCUCACUUCGGCCCUCCACACGCACGGUCUCGGACCCUACUGUACGGCGUUAUGCCUGCAGGGAGUAAUCGGUGCAUUCCCGCUGGACACAACGUGUCCGAAUCUCCAACUGCAUCCACGCUCGGUCACGCAUCGUACGCAUCACGCAAUGAACGCGAUCGAAUUCCGAAGCCAGAUACGGCGCGUUCUCCGCGACCGGUGCCACGUAGAAGAGCUCUUCUUCUAUGGUUAUAAAGGCUUUCUCUACCGUAUCCGACUCCCGGACUCCGGCUACACGAUGGUGGCCAAGGGGACCCGGCCACAAUUCGUCAAGGACCUUCAGCGAGAGGCCAGAGUUUACAGACAGCUCAAGACUAUACAAGGCAUCCAUGUCCCCGUCUACCUCGGAUCGUUCAAGGUUCCCAGACCGUUUCGGUAUCUCGGCACGGUGCCCAUAGUACAUGUGCUGGUGCUCAGCUUUGGUGGCAAUUCGCUGAAUUUGUUCGCACUCUUGCGGCAGCCCGUUGUCAUGACGAAUAGUCGGCAGAAGCAAGCGCUCACUGGAUUAACGGCGAUUCACGCGGCGGGCGUCUUACAUGGCGACGUUGCGGUGCGGAACAUCUUGUGGAAUGCGCGGACUAAACAGUUGUUGUGGCAUGAUUUCGAUCGGGCUGUCAUUGUCCAGCGAUCGCCCCUCGCCGAACGAUGCACGAACGUGGUCGAUGGUCAGUGCACAGGGAAGCGGAAGCGGAAGGCGGACCUCACCGGCCAGUUUUACAGCGAGAGGGCCAAGGCACGAAGACUGCUCAACCACCACAUCGAGAUCGAGACCUGA